AUGCAGAAUGACAAAUUCGAGAUUUAUCAUGCGCAAGAUGAGAAGUUUGCUGCACUGGAAGGCUUGUUGAUGGAGGAGAAAAGACCCUCCAAGUCGAAAGACAAAGGUGCCACGGACAAGAGCAAGUUGGAGAGUCGCUUCGAUUCCAAGGGUCGAACUCUGGAUCUGUCUUUGGAAUCGAGUGCCAAAGGACUCCUCGAAGAAAAGGCCAGCAAGCUGGUGUUUUGUGGCAUACAGCCUCUCUAUGUGGCGGAUCUGGCGUUGUACCACCAAAUCGCUUUGAUGCAACGCACCUUCCCCGUGCGUUUGAGUCGCUGGGGAGAGUCCAUGCAACAGGCUCAGGACAACGCGGACGUGGAGAAAUUCGUGAAGUCGACAGAGGGUGAGAGCAGCAGCAUGAAGCAGCUCCGUCUCAGUCGACCCCGGAAGAUCUACGUGGACGAGGUAUGA